AUGAAUACAGAACACAAGCGGGAGCUUAUUCGUCUGAUUGAGAAGGAAAGGAUUCAAUUUCAUGGUCCCGACCAUUGCCGGCCAGGAAACCAUGCACCAGUCUUUAGCGCCCUUCACAAACUCAGCAGAUACAAAUUCGACCAAUACGUCCACAAUUUUACUUACGAGGCCCACCAGAAGCCGUGGCGAGCAAAGAUCAAGCAACAAGUUGAGCGCGUUGUUCGCCUUGCUGAGGAUUGUCGCUAUGCUCGGCAAAAUGAAUUCGGCUGGAGAUUAAAACUCGAAUCUGAAAUCCUCGCACGAUUCAGCACGGAAGUUACAUGCAAACGGUGCUCAUCUAAGUUAUGGCGAUCGGAGGUCGAAGUCUUGUUGAAUCCAUUAGACACAUUUAGGGAUAUGCUCGACCUCAAAAAAAGGCAGGCAAAUCGAAAACCUUGUUCCUGCAGCGAGAUGCAAAGAUGUCUUGACCGAAAUGACCCUGGAAUAUGUCGAAUUUUUCAUGACAGGGCAGAUCAGCCUGUCAAGUAUUCAAAAGAUGAUCCGAUCUCCAAAGCGCUUCCUCGAGAGCAGAAGCCUGAUCGAGUAUAUGGCUUCCGCAAGACCAGUCGAUUUAGCCGCUUACUUGACGAGGAGAUUUUAGGCCCCCAGUUCGAGGGCCGGGAAUUACGCGACAUCCUUGAAUGUAGCCCAUUCAACGAGAUGAGAGACCAAGUUCUUUUUCCUUUCUUGGUUCUUGAAGCAAAAAGCGAGACUGGAGACUCUUUCGAUGAUAUCGAGAUCCAGACCGCACUUGUGAUCAAGAAGCUUCUGGACAUACAAUUCAAAUUGCAAUUAGCAACAGGAAAAAGAAGCCAGUGGCGUUCAGGUCCCUUGGUUUGGUUUCUCUCCAGUCGCGGGGAUGACUGGCGGGUUGCAGCAGCCUGCGUGGAAAUGCACGACAACAGGACUCGUUACGACGUCUAUAAUUUGUGGAUCGGUAGCAUAAUUUCAAAAGAUGCAGCCCUCCAGCUUUUGCUAAUCAUGGACUACAUCUUUGACUGGGCCCGAGACUUUCAACGUGAAGCCGUCUUGAACGAGCUUCGAAUUUUGGCAGGUCGAAAAGCAGCCAGUAUUGCAGAUGACAGCGAAAUCCUCUCUCUAGGAGACCACAUGCAGCGCUUUCUCGACACAGAUUUAGCACAGCGUCUGAUGGAAGAGCGACCGGAUCCCCAGGACCCCUCCAUGCAACAUGAUGCUUUGUACCGUUGGCUUGACUCAGAACAUUGCGUGUUUCGCAGUACAUGCUGGGCCCAUGCUCGUGUUUCGGCGCUUUACAUCACAAGAGAGAACUUGAAAACCCUGCUAAAAUCCUUUGCUUCAAACAGUGUGUCGAGAAAACACGCACGGGAUCUCUUAAGACUCUUUCGAGAGGCUUGGAAAGUUACUCCGGAUGCUCUUGAAGCGCUUGAGUUCAUGUGGACGGGCACACAACGAGAAGACCCGGACCUCUACGGGACCACUCAGAGCUUUUGCGCAGUCUUCACAGUCGCAGCAUACUUCCUAUCCGAUUGGGAGCAAGUUUCAGAACUGACAUACAUCGCCAUCGCCGAAAAUGCUCUCGACGACCUGAAAGCUUAUGUUGAUCCGCAACAGCCGAUUCAUGUGUAUCCGUCAGAACUACCACAGGUUCAACAAGAACACCUAGUUGGAUAUUUCCGACAUUUUCGGCAGAGUUCGGCAAGGUCCAGACUUCACGCGGCGAUGAGGCGACGUUGUUUGUCCAGUCGUCUUGCUCGCGAGAGUGAUUUCCCGGAUAAUUUCUUCCUUGUUGCAGAGGAGCCCUUUGAGAGAGGAGUUCGAUACCGUUUAGACGUAACAAUGCUGCCUGAUCAGAGACCUAAGACACGACAGCUUGUUGCCGCUGUUUACAACCAGUGCAAGAGGGGUAUGAGGGAACCCGAAGAACCAUUCUUGAGAAUGUCAGGCAUCUACGAUAACACACCGUGGGAUCAUCAAGAUACCCCUUCCGUUUGGGAUCUGGAUGACCUUCCCAUUCACGAAGGAGUCUUAUACAUUCUUCUAGGCUCCGAUAAGGUGGCCAACAACGGCCAUACGGAUUUCUGCAUCUUCGUGAUGGAUGACAUCCCAGCCCCACAAGCUUUUCCACUAACCUUUGAUUUAUUGGAAUCGUACUUCGUGGUACAAACGAGCCAGCAGGAAAAUCUUUCUGGCUCUCGAAUUGAGUGGAACGUUACUUUUCUCGCAGAAUCAAUCUCAUCCAACGCAGCCAUGUUUCAGCAGCUCAAGACACAGUUUCGAGAUCUUGUGAUUUAUCGAAAGAACCAGCUAACGUCCGACACCAUCACUAAAAACACGAAACGCUCAACUUAUCACGCAACAGCAGAGCUACCUCCCCACAUGCGAAGCAAGUUGAAAACCCCACAAGGGCAUUGGGUAAUGACUACGAAUCCUUCAGACACUUACGAAGAUUUCCGGACGGCCACAGACCACCUUGUUGCAAGGAAACACAAUGUAAAGCUUAUCACAUGUCUCUACGCCCAACCACUGGUUGCUGGUCGAGCAGGUUUGAGGUCCGAGCAACGGCAAGACAGAUCACGGGAGGAGUAUCCCAAUAUCAUUGACAAGAUCAGAGAGAGGAACCAGGGUUGGAAGCCAGGCCCAGAUGAUUUCAAAAUAAGGAAUAUCAUGCAGAGAGGUGAUGUACUCCGACUGCGAAACCCAUAUUUAAAACGCAGGAGGGACGGAGAUUUUGAUGACAAGGACAGAGAGCAGAUGGCCGGUGCUGGGGACUGGCUCACAGAUCAAGAGCUAGACGCUAACAUCAGGGCGGGCAAUUUUGAUGGUGAUAGGCUACCGGUGUACAGAAGAAUAGAGAGUACAUCAAAACGCCUACGGUGGGAAAAGUUGGACUUUCCAGCCGAGGGACCAACCAUACCUAAGAAGUCUUCUCAGGAGGAAACAGAGGUUCUAACGGGUGACCACGUCACGGACGAGGAACUCGAGGCUCUUUUAGAAGCCGGCUAUCUCGGAGAAAUAUAG